AUGGCAUAUAAUAUUGCUGUUGAGGACGAAGAUUUACAGACAUUUUUCACCCUUCCAAGCCCUCCCCUGCUCCCAGACCCGCAGGUUCCACCGACGUUUCUCAGUACCAUUGCAUCUAAGGAUGCUACGGACCUCGAUACUUUUCAGUUCCUUCGUAUGAUGGAACUUGCCAUGGCUCGCGCGCCGAUGGAGGAAUCUGCCGUGGAUGACCUUGUGUCAGCCCUACUCCGCGCCAUGCACUACGUGGACAUGUCUAAAGUUGUUCGCACUCGUAAAAAUCUAACCUUCAUCGUGUGCGGCAACACGGUGCAUGCACAGACCGACGUCUGUCUGAUGGACUCCAGUGGUAUCCUCCUGCUUGUUCAGGAGGACAAGGGUCAUAAUGAAGAAAAGGAUCCGGAGCCGCAGCUAAUCGCAGAAGCCAUUGCGGCAUUCUACUAUAAUAACUUUCACCGUGUCCGCCGAAUGAGAUUGCCCGCGUGUCGAUCUCAUACAUUUGCGGGCAUCACGAUGGAGGGCGCCACACCGACAUUCUACAAGAUCCCAGUUACUGAACAGUUGGAACAAUGCGUACAGACGGGGAUGUAUCCUACAGUUCCCACUAUAAUUAAGAGGAAGUCAUCGCUUGUCGGCGCAGAAGAAUCUGUUGGUUGA